GGGAAAACCCAGGGCCUUUCCAAAUCGAGGCCAAGCUAUAGAGUAUAAAAGCACUAGGCUGCCGACCUCGAUAAGCUUCAAAUGAAAUUGUAAUGUGUACUUAAAAGUAAAGACUAGGAAUUUAUAUAUUGUGGCAUAGAUUGACCGUCUAUAAAAGAACACAAUGUUUACAGACAGAGAUCAUCUACAAAUACCACCUGCACAUAAUAGCCAUAUGAAAUCCCCUGCAACAGAUUCUAAAAUGUCUUCAGAAUCUUACCUAGACGACAGAGCCGAUUCUGGACUAGGCUCUCUAGUCAUUCAUGACUCUGGAUUUUAUUCUUCACUCAAAGAAACUACUGACGAUUUGGAAAGUACUGAUUCUAAAGCAGACAAUUUCCAUAAAUGUACUUAUCAACAGAUUGAAGAAGAAGAUGAUCAGUCUGAACGAGUAGACUCUGGUUAUGAAUUAAAUGAGCAAUCUAAUAGUGUUGAUUCUCUUACAGACAAUUUUAGAAACAAAAAGUUUUUUGAAGAGAAGGUGGAAAGACAUCCUAGUGCAAUAGUGAUUCCUAUGGAUCAAAGGAUUAAACUUUUUGAAGGUGAUAGAGACGGUGACAACAAACUUCACCUCAGUAUUCUUAAUGGUGAUGAAAGGCUGUCUCUCCUAUUAAUUAGAUUAGCUCCUCACUGUAACUGGCUGAAUUACUGCAAUCAUCUAUGGCAAACACCACUGCAUCUUGCAGUUUUAACAAAUCAGCCCACUGUGGUUCGUAGGUUACUGUGCGCUGGUGCUGAUGCAACUUGCCAAGACAAAGAUGGCAAUACACCCUUGCACAUUGCCUGCAGGGAAGGUUAUGUAGACAUUGUCAGAUACCUUCUCAGCCCAGUGCAGGAAGAGGAACUCUGUCAAAACCUGUAUAACAUUCCCUAUCAAAGACUCCUUCAGGAUAUGAGUAUAAGGAAUUACGAAGGGGAGACAUGCUUGCACAUAGCAGUUCGACAUUCCCAUAUAAAAAUUGUGUCCCUUUUGUUGGUGUCAGGAGUGGAUAUAAAUGUAGGCGAUGGUAAAAGUGGUCGCACUGCAUUGCACAUAGCUUCUGAGUUGAACAAUGUAGACAUCAUAAAAAUUAUUUUGUACAGAAGAGAUGCUGAAAUUGAUGUUAGGAACUAUGCGGGCUUGACCCCUGUCCAACUAGCUUAUGGUCGGGGUCACAAGGCCAGUGUAAAUGAAUUCUGCAGGCAUGGAAACUACACCAAAUCAGAUAUUAGCUUACAUGACAGUUCAGAGGAAGAUGAAGACAUGAUGAUAGAUUCGGACUAAUUUUUAAAUAGAAACUAUUAGAUUUUUUUACUGUGGAAUAUAUUUUAAUCAUAUAUGGUUGAACUCGAUAAGUAUUUCUGCUUAAUUUUAAGGACAUUAAAUAAUUACUAAACAUUUACAUUGUUUAAUGUAUAUAUAAUUUUUUUUAAACUUUAUUAUCUAGUUAUAAAAUUUAUAUACUAUACAUAAAAAGUUAAUUACAAAAUAUUAUUCUGUGUUUGGCCAGAGAUUAUUUUUAGGAACAUUAUUUUAAAAACAAAUUGGUGGAAUUAACUUUUCUAGAGAAGUUUAGUAAAUUUUUGAAAUGUCAAUGUAGAAUUAGAAUGAAACACCUAGCAUUAUAUAUAAAUCAUCAACAUGAUACUAUGAAAGAAAGAUUCAUGCAUUAUUGUAGAACAAUAUACAUUGUUGUGAUUUUAUUAAACCACCUGUGACAUGUCCUUUCUUUUAAGCAGAAUGUAGAGCAAAAUGCAAUUUUGUGAAAGUCCUUCUAUGUGAAAUAUGUAAAAUAGAUGUUUUAUUAUUUAUUUUUUUCUGUCAUAUUUGAAGGAUAAAAAAAUUAAUUUAUUGAAACUGUAUACUAUAUAUAUAUAUAUUUGAUGUUUGUUGUAUUCCAAUAAAAUACAAGUUUAAUACUUGUGUGUAUUGAACUAUAUCUCAUA